GCUCUAAAAUGGUCAAUUUUGUGGUAUUUUAGAAAGAACAUGUUAACGUAACGUCUUGUUGUGAUACUGUAUUGCUGAAACUCAGCAUAUAAUGCGUUUAAACCGUUUAACCUCCGCGAGUAACUUUUCUUUCCGAGUGUUAGCCCAACGUUUGGCGACUUGUAGCUAGCAGCAAGACUUUCGUCAAUGACAGCGAAUUAACAUAUUAACGCGUAAUAAUGACAUUGUGAAGUUAAUAAGCAUGACGCAUGCCUGAGACCCCCGACAGUCCGAACCUCACAACUGUGGUCUGGCUUUAUAGAGCUGCUGUCACUAUCUGACUUCUGGCUAAUACCCUCGCUGUGUGAUUAGUAUGUUGAUUCAAUUAUAUAAGCUAGCUUUAGCUGCUGUUGUCGAUUUUCAAAUAGUUAGUUGGUCUCUUAUCUCUCGUUUAUGAACUUACUUUAGCCUUUCAUCACCAUAGGGCUUGCAUGAAGUUAGCCUUCAGGGCUUUCUGCCAGGAAUCUCCCAAGGUUCAACCAAACUAGUUGGUGAGGUUUAGUAAAAGAUCAUAGUUUAAGUUAAACUACAAGUACUUUAUGUUUUUCCUUCGAGGCAGGGUAAAUGACAGGAGGCACAUUUCGAGGACACACAGAGAGAAUGAUGUCCUAACUUAGAUAAAGACACAAUGUUUUCAUUUUUGGAGAAGCCACACGUUGCUGUGUCAUUGUGCUUCCCACUGAGUCGACAGACUCUUCUUCAUGUAAUAACCUGUUUGUAACCCAAGUGUCUGAAAACAGGGAAGUCUGUAACUUUGUCAGCCACCGAGAGUACAUUGUGUUACUGGGUUAAAAGUGGAAGGUCACUAUCUGCUCAUUUUAAUUACUACAAAUGUAUCAGUUGGUGGUGGUGUCAGUUUACUACAAGUUACAUUUUAAGAUAGUUUCAGUGUUCAUUUUUUACUGUUGUCAUUUCUCAUCUGAUUAUAAUUCAACAGUUAUGGCUACUUAUCAAACAUUACACCAGCACCAUAAUACCUAAGGCUAAAUGUCAAACUGAACACAUACAUAUGCAGACUGGCUAGCUUGUAAAUCAAAUAGUAUCUUCAUAGAACUGAUUAUCAGUUGAUACAGAGUCAAGUAUUAAUAUUAAAUUAAAAAAAAUGUAAAAAUCUGAAACCAGUUGACUCUUUAUUUACACUCACACGACAUUUUAAUAAAUAAAUUGUUUAAGUCAUUUCCCCAGCAAAAAUGCCAAAUAUUUACUUAAUAUGACUUCUCAAAUGUGAGGACUUGCAGCUUUUCAUUGUUCUGUUACUGUUAAUUGCUAUAUUUUUGGGUGUUGUACUGUUGGUCAAAAGAAAAAAAGAAAUUAAUUUAAUUUUGUGGAAAUUGUGAUGGGCACUUUUCACUAUUUUCUGGCAAUUGCCAAAGUAAUCUUUAAACCAAUUCAUUAUAUGAGUCCCACAUUUUCCUUCCUUGUUAUUUCUGUCCGUUCUCCGCAGGCCUGCAGGAUGGCCCAGGCAGACGGCAAGGUGCUAGUUCUGGGAGCGUUGGCUGGAGCGGCUGGCAUCGGUUUGGCUGUGGUGUUCUACCAGGGCUUCAGGUCGAGGCGACGAGGCUCGUGGUCGCGGUGCAACCUCAACCACACUAAUGCACCGGGCUCCGGCGUCAUGGUGGUGGAUGGCCCAGGUCUGCCCUGGGGGUGUCAGGCUGAGGUGCUGGAGCGCCUCGAGGCCCUGAUCCAGUGCGUGUCCGAGCUAAAGGAGGAGAUGAAGUCGCUGAAGAGUGCUCUGCCGACGCUGCAGGACCAAGUCAGGGAGGAGCUGAGGGGACGCGACGAGGUGCGCCGAGCCAGCCCUCUCCACAGGAGCACGCCGACGCGGAGGAAAAGGGCUGCAGGCACCAUCGCUGGGCCCAGAGCUGGUGGGCGGAGCUCAGAGGAAGCAGAGAGUGAGGGAGGGUAUAUGACCGCGCUGACGGACUCCGAGGAAGAAGAGCUAAGCGAUGCGGAGCAGGGGGAGGAAGAACAACCUGCAGACAGGCUGUGUGUCCUCCUCGAGAGGAUCGACGGCAUGCGUCAGGCCACCGAAUCGGACAAAAGGGAAAUUCUCGCCCUCCUUCUGGAGCAGAGAGAGGAGUUCGGACAGAACUCAACCUUUCUUUGGCGGCUAAUCCGGGCUUACUGUGAUGUUCACGACGUCAGCUGCACUCUGGAGGAGAAGAAGACCCAUGCGGAAACUGGGAAGAAGGUCGGCGAGGAGGCGGUGAGCCUGAACCCUACGUGUGCUGAAAGCCAUCAGUGGUAUGCCAUCAUGUGUGGAAUUAUGGCAGAAUACGACACAGUGCAGAACAAGAUAAAGAACGGAUACAUCUUUAAGGAUCAUCUGGAUAAAGCCAUCGAGCUGAAGCCGCAGGACCCCAUGUCCUACUACCUGCUGGGCCGCUGGUGCUACGCUGUGGCUCAGUUGUCGUGGAUUGAGAGGAAAGUCGCUGCAACGUUAUUUGGAGAGCCUCCGAGUGCAACGGUCGAAGAUGCACUGAAGAAUUUUCUAAAGGUUGAGGAGAUCCAGCCAGGAUAUUCCAAAAACAACUAUGUGUUUCUAGCUAAGUGCUACAAAGACCUGGGGCAGAGGGACAAGGCGGGGAAGAUGUGUGAAGCUGCUUCUUCAAUGAACACUGUGACUAAAGAGGAUGAAGAGGCACAGAAGGAGCUGGACUUACUCUGCCCAGCGCUUGGAGUGUGACGACAGUAUGCACAUAGCACAUUCUUUUGGAACAGUAUCUUCCAAGUGCUACUGUGUGUGUGUGUGUGUGUGUGUGUGUGUGUGUGUGUGGGUGGGUGGGUGCGUGUAGAUAUAGGGUAUAUUGAGAGGCCAUCAUGUUAAUUCACUCUGUGAGUGGAUGGAGGUGUACUGUGACACUAAAUCAUCAAUCAGAACCAUCCUAGCUAGUUUAAAAUCAGAUUUGUAUUCUAAUUAUGUUUCUUCUUUAAUAGUGGAAAACAAAUGAUCCACACCUGGUUGUACCAAACCUGUGAGACAAUUGGUUUUCACUUCCUCUACUACUCAAGUCUAUGAGGGGGGUUUUUGUUGAGAUGAUGUGUUGGAGUUAAAUUCAGUGUGAUUGUUAGUGUGUGUUUUUUAUCGAUGUGAUCUUUUGCUCCGAUAGCGAAAGUCUCUCCGGUGGGUCUGAAGGAUACCAAGUUUCCUUGACAACAAAGACCUGUCGCUUUUCUGUGAAUUGACCCACAGGACUCGCUGUUCCAUCCUGUUUUUUGUUGCGUCUCCCAUCCCACAUUCGAAUGGCAAUAACAAAAGCACACCAGACAAUGGCGCACCCCAAACAACGGUCUUGGAAUGCGGUCACGACGGGACGACCUGUCGCCCUCUUCACUCUGCCUCCGCUCAGACCGGCUUCAGUGCUCGCCGGCUCACAUCCACACGCGGACUCUUAUUUAAUCGUGCCGUUAACGCUAACACUGGUAUUUCAUGGCGUCUUUUCUUUUGUUGACUUUGGCAUCUGUCCAUUGAGGACAUUCAUUAUUCAGUUACCACCUGCUACAGUGCAGCUCCUGUGACAGUCAUGUUGCUCUAGUAUGACUGCGGUUAACGAUCCAGCAUGAAGACGAGGUACAGUCUCAGGCAGCCCUGUAGGUUUUUAAUAUGUUUACAGGACCCCUCUGAUACGGACCCCUCUGAUACGGACCCGUCUGAUACGAACCCGUCAACAACCCUCACUGACUUGUUUUACUGGGAACUCUCCGUGGGACUUUUCAGAAGAGAAUAUAUCAGAGUCUGAGGGACUUCCAUUUGCAUGUAUAGAAAGUAAUGAAUCAUUUAAAGACUAUAUAUACAGAACCUUAUUUGUAGCUCAUACUAACGGGUGAUAUGAAGAAUCUGUAGAGGUGUUUUUGGAACAAACUCCCCCUUUUUCAGUCGGUUCCUGUUGCAACCAUUCAGGGAGGUUUCUCUUGCUUUGGGGGGGGCUUCCUGAAUCCUUUUGAUUUUCCACAUUAUAGGUGCAUUAUAGUUCUUAUAUUGUUUUUUAAAUCGGCAUAACCUCGAGCCAUCUGUUUCAUUGUGAACUUUUUCCAAUGCCAGAGAAAGUGGAGAGGCCAUCCACAGUGGCAACGCCCAAACUUGGUAUGCCAAAGUUAGAAAAGCAAAAAAAAAAUGGUUUAAUGUUUAUAGAAGGCUGCGAUUACUCUACAUAUGCAGUACACAGCAGCUAAUUAUCCAGCUCAAGGCUCCAUUAAGGUUUUUGCUCAGGUUUCAAUUGGUGUAAAAAAAAAAAAAACACACACAGGCCACAAUUUGUCAUCCACAAAGUGACAAGAUGCUUCAUCAGCGCACUGAAGAACACGUAACAUAUAUCACAUUAAGGUCACUGGUGAGCAUGUUAAUGGAGUUCUGACUGAGAAAGUGGGGGGCAUGUUUUGGGUUUUGUCGUCUGUGUUUCUCUCUCUAACAGAAAUGUUGGACCAAUGGCUCUCUAGGAAUACUAUAGUAGACGAUGCAGGCACGAUGUGAUGGUGCAUACUGUACGAUUACAUUCCAGGUCGGGUAACUACAAUAUGACCCGAUCUGACAGAUGUAAUGUUUAAACGUUUCCCUUUAUUACCGUCUCAUGCAUUCCUAAUUAUGUUACCAUGGAUAAUGUGAUAAGCGUGAUGCAUUUUAGAGGAGCGUCAUUGUGUGAAACCAUGAGGCGUCAUCUUUGUUUAGUUGGGGUCGCAUUUAGAGAUGGAUUUAGCGUGUGAUUUAUUUUUAAUGUAUGUUAAGGUUACGGGAAUUGAAAUGAAAAUUACAACCAAAAAAAAAAGUUUAUUUGUCACUUUACAGAUUUUUCUACCGGCACUACGAAUGUAUUUGUUUUCCUUCAACUGCCAUUACACGUACACUAUUCCUCAAAUCUCAUACACUACAUGGAGAAUAUACUGUACAAUGUCAUAGGCCGAAUGAUUAAUGGUACAACAGUCUGUAAUAAAAUCUGUGCAAUAC